AUGCGAGGAGGCACGAAAUGGUCUCCCCAUCUGUACAUCUUGGAGCUGCUGCUCGGUAUGCUGCUCUCCAUAUUCUUCGAUCCGAGCAAACUACCGCUGGCUGUCAAGGCUCUAAUCAUCGGAGCAACCUCCUUCUUCAUUCCCUACAUCUGCUACAACGACCCGCACCACUGCCUCUCCAUAUGGCCGCUCUCCCAUCUCUACGAAGCCCUCAGCAUUCGGGAAACACCGGCGAUGGCCCUGGUGCUCGGUUUCGUGCUGGCGACGUGCCUGGUGCUCUACAUCGCGCUGUGCUAUGUCUUCACCAAGUUCAUCACCCUCAAGUACGAGCGCAGCACGACCGAGUACAAGAUCAUGACCAUCGGCGCGGCCAUCGGCGUCUUCGUCUUCGUCCUCUUCCUCUCCUUCACCUCCGUCAUGAACAGCGCGGCCCUCGCCCCGGCCGCCGGGCUCAGCGGCUCCGGCGUCGAGGCCAGCAAGUCCGACCACCUUCGAGACGACUUCUACCCCUACAACGACAACGAGGAGGAGGAAGAGCUGGAGCUUGACUGCGAGCCGUUCGAUCGCAAUUGCGACGGCAAGCUGUCGAAGAGCGAGAAGGCCAACAAGAAGGACUACGAGAAGCUAGUCAAGGAGAUGAAGAAGGAGAGGGAGAAGAAGCCCGGCCUCUACCACCCUGGUGCCCAGCCGCCGUCGUCGCCGCAUCAUCAACACGGUGCCGCACCGGUGGCGCAGGGCCAGCUGCCGCCGACCGGCGCCACGACGCCAUCGCUCGGGUGGCUGCGCGCGCUGAAGAAGAGCUACCUCGACUUCGCGGUCAACAAUCCGGCGAUCUACUACGGGUGCUGGAUCAUCAUCCUCGCGACGUGCGUCGGGUGCGCGUACCUCAUCUGGAAGGAGAACAUGAUUCCGAGCCACGCCGUACUGCCCCUCCACCCCGCCGCGGUCGCCGUGGCCGUGCCGCCCAUGACCCAGCCGCCGGGUCCGGGCCUGGCCGAGCAACCGCCGGCCUUUGCCUUCCCGACCUACAUCGACCCCAACAACGCUGCUACCCCUGCGACCGGCCGCGACAGUGAGGAUUCGGCCGACGACGAAGACAGCGAGCAUGAGCCGCCGGCGGCCAAGGCCUCGACGGGCCAACGCCGGCUAUCGCGCCAGGCCUCGGCCACUUCGCUCGCGACGCCGCAGCCGCACUCGGCCUCGGGUGGUCGUUCGUCGUCCACGUUCCUCACGCCGCCGGUGCUCAUCACGCGCGCGACUUCGCCGUCGUUGCGCCGACGGCGCAAUUCGAAGAGCGACCGUGACGGCGAUGAAGGCGACGCCGCGAUUCAGGACUUUGGUGGUGGCCAUCCCGCCACCCGCGCGACCCGGGCCGAGGAGCGCGCCAGCAAGCGCAUGUCCCUCCCUUCGCUGUCGCUGCCGAGCGCCUCGACGCGCCGCGUGUCGCCGCUGCCGUCGCCGCGGUCCAAAACCUCGGCGGAUUUGAUUCACGAUGCAGGCCUCGAUGGCAACGUCAAUGGCAACGGCGGCGACCUCUACCGCAACCCGCCGUUCAACUCCACGAGCACCACGCCGACGGCACAUUCGCGCAAGCCCUCGGCGUCGACGCCAAAGCGACAGGCGGCGAAGAACGAACGAACGAAGCCGAAAGCGAAAACGGGCGCGAAGAAGGAGAAGAAGAACAGGGGCAGCGCGAGCGAUGAGGGCUGGACGUCGACCACGGCCAGCGGGUCGGAGCGAGAAGCCGGAGAGGAGGACAGCGGCGCGGGCGUGUGUCGGGGCGGGUAUGAGAGGCGGCAGUCGGUCGGAAGCGGGACAGAGCGCAACGACGCCCGACCCGGCGAAGGCCGACAGCGAAACGAAGACGAAGAGGAGGAGCAAGUGGAGGAGGAGCGGGAGGCAGAAGUGGAAGAUGAUGAUGACGACGAGCAGGUGGAGGACACGAUCAAGGAGGUCAUCAAGGAGUCGAUCAGCGAGGAGCUGGGCGCCAAGUUCUGGCGGGAGCGGGAGCGCACCAUGGCCGAGCUCGAGUCGCUCAAGCAGCGAUACGAGCGGGAGCGACACAAGUACCGGAACCUCAAGCAGACCUUUGCCCAGCGCAUGCGCGAGGCGGACGAGCAGGCCGACCGGGCCAAGCGGAAUGAAGCGCGGGCCCGCGCCGAACUCGAGCAACGGCUGACGAAGGAGAAGGCGGCCGAUCUCGACGCGCUCCAGCGUAGCGUCGACGAGGCGGCGCGGAAGAACGAAGAGAUGAUGCAUAAAAAGAACGAAGACGAACGCGCGAGGGCCGAACGGAUCAAGAGGAAGCUGGCGGAAGAGCGUCAGCGCAACGAGGAACUCAACCGACGACUCGACGACGAGCGCGCCAAGGUGGACGAAAUCACGCGACGCAUGGACGACGAGCGAACCAAGAACGAAGAGCGAUUGGUGGAAGAGCGAACGCGACACGAAAGCGAGAAGCGGGCCACCGAGGAGGCGAUGAAGGAGAUGGAGAUGCGGAUGAAGAGAGCGAGCGACGGCACCGGCGAGGAGGCGAUGGCGCUCGAGCUCUACAAGAAAAUCGACGAGGAGCGGGCCAAGGCCGACGAGUGGCGACGACGACUCGACGCCGAAUACGAAAAGGUGGAACGACUCAAGGGCGAAAACGAGGCCGAGAAGCAGAAGAACCACGAGCUCAGCCUGCAGAUAGACGAGAUGAGUGCCAAAAUGACGGAGAUCUUGAUGAAUGUGACGCACCUCAACUUUAAGGAGGCCGACACCGAGGCCGAGCGACUGAAGCAGGAGAAGCGCAAGGCGAAGCAGGAGUCGAAGCUGGCCGCCGAAGAGAAGCAGACGAAGAAGACGAAAGACAAGGCAGAGAAGAAGGAGAAGGAGAAGGAGGGACUGCCAACGCCCAACAUCGUGGUCAGUGCCAGCCCCGCCGAUGGUGCCACCGCGGCCAACGGCAACACCACGCCGGCCAAGCCGUCGCUUUUCUCGCCCAGGAAGUCGGAGAAGCGAAGGAGCGUCACGCUCACUCCCGUCGCCGUCGGUCGCACCAUUGCAUCGCCCGACACCAGCACUAACGCUGCCCCGGAUGCUUCCGGCAUGAGCCCGAGCCCGAGCCCGGACACGAGCCCAAUCCCGAGCCCGAGAGACGCCGUUGUCGACGCGCCGAGCAAGCCUGCGGAAAAGGCCGAGACCGUGGCUAGCACUAGUGCCGCUGGUGCGAACGGUGAGGCCCACGCCGAGAAGGAAGCCCAGACCACCGACGCUACGACCACGACACCCACCGUCACGGCUGGCAGCGACAGCGCGCUGAGCACGCCGGUCAGUUCGUCGGCCGAGUCGUCGCCGGUGCUGCUCUCGCCCGUCAAGCCCAAGUCGGAGAAGCGAAGGAGCGUCACGCUCACGCCCACCGCCAUCCGACACGCCGCCGCUGCCGCGGCCAGCGCCGACCCGAUCCCCGUUCCCACCGGUGGCAUCUUCGACACGCCGGCCAAAGCCGACGCGCCGGAGAAGAAGGAGAACGGCCACGAGCGGGCCACCACUGAGGACGCCACAGCCGCCACGACGACGGCCAACGGCAACGGCAACGGCGUUGUGAGCCUUCUGAGCACGCCGACCAAGUCGAAGGACUCGUCGCUGCUGCUCUCGCCCACCAAGGCGGAGCGACGAAGGAGCGCCACGCCCACCCCCAAGGCCAAGUCUUCCUAG